CUUGUCGCGUUCCUGCGCCGCGAGAGGGCCCGCAUCGCCCAGGUGCCGCUCCAGACGAGCCCGCAGCGCUUCGGCAACAAGGCCUUCCGCGACUGGCUCCCCGAGCUGCAGCACGCCCUCCUCGCCCUCGCUCCCGACCUUUCCAACUCGCUCAAGGCCGCCGUCACGCCCGAACUCCACUUCCACCUCCUGUCGUCGUUCGGCUCGCCGCAACGCCUCGACUAUGGCACCGGACACGAGCUGUCGUUCGUCGCCUACCUCGUGUGCCUCGUCCGGGCGCGCGUCUUCUCCGAGCGCGACGAGUGCGCCCUCGUGCUCCGCGUCUUCAACGAGUACAUCGAGACGGUGCGCGAGGUGCAGAGGGUCUUCAGGCUCGAGCCGGCGGGGAGCAAGGGCGUGUGGGGCUUGGACGACCAUCAGCACCUCGUGUACCUCUUUGGCGCGGCCCAGCUCGUCGGUGCGUCCUCCUCUCUCUCUCUCUCUCGCGUCUCGUCGCUCGCAGGCCACCCAACGCUCGGGCCCUCCUCGAUCCUCUCGCCGUCCACGCUCGCCACCCACGCGCCGACCUCGCUCUUCCUCUCGUCGAUCCAGCACAUCCACACGCUCAAGCGCGGGCCCUUUGCUGAGCACUCGCCGCUCCUGCACCAGAUCGCGACGACCGUGCCCUCGUUCGCCAAAGUCGCCAAGGGCCUGUGGGACAUGUACCGCGCCGAGGUGCUCGCCAAGGUACCCGUCGUGCAGCACUGCCGCUUUGGCGACGUCGCGCUGCGGUGGGUCGACCGGGACGGCGGCGACGAGCUGCCGUCGUCG